AUAACUGGUAACAUAAUAUACGUUUCCUCUUUGUUAUUUCUCUUCUUUUCGAGACAUGAAGGUGGAAGUAGGCGGAGUGUUGGAGGACGAAGAAUGUGGUUUGUUGGAGAGGCCCGUCGGGGCGGUGACGCAGGAGAGGUAUUAACAUGGUCUGUGUGUGACCCUCUCUGCGAUCCUCAUCCUUAUCAUGGCCAUCGAUCUGAUGGUGCUCGACAACAGCAAUUUGCAGAACGAGCUGUAGAGAGCUGCCUACCGCACUUACGUGGGCGACUUGUUCGAGGAAGGGGCGCAGAUGUCGCUUGAGGAAGUAGCCAAGUUCCAAGACGAAGGCCUUUUCGCUAGAUGGCUCAGUCACCCGGGACUAGGACUGGUUAGCACCGUUGGGCUCCCACGGGUAAGGUUACUCUUCGCUAAGGUCGGUUCCUGCCUCUACCCCGUUGGGGGAAAGCCUUGCGCCCGGAGGUUCGACUUCGAGGAGGACUUGUACCAGCAGGUAGAGCGGAGGAAGCAGUGGGACAAACCGGACAUACAGGACAUCCACUGCGUAAGCGUGGAUAAUGGCACUAUUGGCAUCAUCUACACCGAAGAUGCAGGUCUGGGCAACCUCCUCAGCAGUGCCUGCUUCAGGUGCCAGUACCCUCGCAACGGGUAUGUCCUCGAUAUACCUAAGCCAGACCUCAGACGGGAGACCUAUGGUCACUACCACAAGAUGUGUCUCUCCAGCGUGGGCAGUAAAGUGAUACAUUACUACUUGGACGAUACCACGCGACUCAUCCAGUACGACUUCACCGUCUACGACGAGAUGAGCGACGUGUAUGUCAGGGUGACGUUGGCCUUCGAAAACCUGGAUAUGCGUCAGUGGUGGUUCGUGUACAGCAUCGAGACGGCCUACUUCAGGGGGUUCUGUGGUCGCGGCAACUACCACGGCUUAUCUGACGACGCUAAGACUCUGCUCCUCCCACUCCUGACGAUCUUGCUGACGUGCUGCAUCGCCGGCUUCAUCGUCCGCCUGGCGAUGAUUACUCGACGCCCCUACGGCCGACACGCCUUCAAGCUGUUGCUGUGUGCAGCCGCCAUAGGGCUGUGCGCGUGCCGCGUGUACUUCAAUGUGGAGGCGGCGCUGCAGUUCGACAGCAUGGUGCAGCAGGCGUACAACGAGGCCCCGCCCGAGACACAAGCUAAGUUAACGACGAGGGAGUCACGGGCGGAGUACCUGAGAUCGCAAUUCCGCCACCUGCCCUUCGCCAGACUGGUCCAACACAACAGGUACGCGCGCGAGGCCGCAGUCGGGAUGCUCCUCCUGACGGUGCUCCAGAUCUGCCUCUACAACAACUACCACUGGAACAACGUCACAGUCAUCAUCGUCAGUGUGCGCCGCGCCGUCAGGUACGUCCUUGGCUUCCUCGUGUGCUUCUUCGUCGUCAAUUUCUUCUUCGCCGUAGUGGGGCACACGAUGUUCGGCAAGUGCAGCGCCUCCUUCAGCGAAAAGACUGUGGCCUACCUGCGGGUGUUUAGCUUCCAGCUUGUGGGGGGGCUGGAACACCAGGAUUUAGAGCGCUGUCGACCGGUCUGGGGACCUAUCUUCUACGUAGUCUCGGUCCUAGUCCUCUCCGUGGUGCUCUUCAACUUCACCUACGAGUAUAUGCUGGGAGUGAUGAGCGAGGUGCGACAGCAGAGGGCGCAGGAGGCGGCGCGGGGGCAGCAGCAGCUGCAGGUGGAGUACAUGGCAUGGCCUCUCACCAGGUGUGGUCGGCGCUACAAACUACCCAUGGACAGACUCCACCUCAUCUGGCUCUACGAUUUCCUUACCUCACGACCUCCCACACCAACCUGAUUCUUGUAUCUAGGCAGGGCAAGAAGUCAAGUCUUUUAUCUAGGCAGGGACAGAAGAAUCAAGUCCACUCCUUGAACUAAAGUAUCCACCGCGGAUCUGCCUCACAAUCAUGUGCACGAGUUCUCCUCUUACCUCUUUUUUUU